AUGGCUAUUGCAGUGGAGAUCUUUCAUUCCAGCAGGGUGGACCUCCAAGAGAGACAAUUGAUUAAGGGUAUUUCACACCUUCAUUCAAUUGGUAUUGGUCUAUAUCAUGGUGCAUUGAACAAGAGUUUAAGUUAUAUUCUUGUUGGUGGUUCCUUCAAGCUAAUCAAUGUGGAAGGUUUGUUGAUUGAACAUGAUCCCUCUAAGCAAGAGUUGAAGAAAACCAAGGAUUUUCAUGGCCUGCAGAUUGUUUUGGAAAGGAUAUUCACUUUGUUGUCAAAGUUUGGUAUUCCCUCAUCCAGUACUUGGGAGGAGAGAGAUAGUUUUCUAUUAUGUUUUAACAGUACAUCCCGUUUGUAG